AGGAGCAGCCAAAUACCCAAAGGCCAGGUCACUGCCCUCUCCCAGAGCAGCCAGAUCUCUAGUCUAAGCUGGCCCUGCCCUGAGCCUAUAGAGAGGCUAAAAUGAGGCUGUGGCUGCUGAGUUUGGUGGCAGGGAUCACCCUGGGGGUGGCCGGGACCCCCAUAGGAAAAGUCUUCACAGGGAGAGAACAAGGAGAGAAGGAAAAAAAGGGACAGGUUUCCCUUGAGCCAAAUAAUGGAGUGAAUUCACUUCAUUUACCAGAAACUGAAAUGAGGAAUUUAACUGAAUUUUUUGAGCAUAUUGAGAAGAACAAGCCCAAGAAAACCAAGAGAGACUUCUUUAUAACUGGUGGCUACUCAGGAAUGACUAUAAGAACAUUAAAUGAGAGUCAAGUCUUUACAAUUUCAGUCAAUUGUAAAGGUGGCUGCAAUGAAUCUAAGAUGUACCAUUUGAAUAACUCUGAGAAAGAAAAAGAAGCAAAAGGACAAAGAGAGCCUGAUCCCUACAAAGAGACCCUGAACCUUCCAAGGGCCAUCCUCCUCCAGCUGCUUAACCAGACAAAGGCUCUGAACCAGAGCUCGGAAAUGGAUUUCAUCCAUUGGAAUCUAAAUGGCAGCAUCAGCAGAGACCUCUGCGAGGGCUGCUGUAAGGAAAAAGAGAAAAAGAAGCGAAACGUAGGCAGGCAAUCAGUGGAGACACUGAAGAGUCCCAGGAAGAAAAGACCUGGCCAGUGGACAAUCCUUGGGAGUCCAGCUGUCCCUGUCAGAAACAGUUCCAUCAAUAUGGUGAUGAUGAUGUUUCAUAAUGGCACUUUUAUUGGCUAUCAAGCUAAGAAAGUCACACAACAGGCUGAGAACCUCAGAGAAGGGUGGUGCUCUGGCUGCUGUAAAGAUGAUGAAACCAUGGAGGCCCUUGAGAGAAGAGAGGGAGAAGUCAGAGAAGUGCCUCCAGCAUGGACCUAACACAAUGCCCAGCAGGAACAGAGCACCACAAGAAAUAUUUGACUUAAGCUUAUUUGUGAGAAAUAAAAGGUCCUGUGUUCCAGGAGGAACACAGCAGGAACCAGCCACCA